AUGGCAUUGCCGCUGCCCUCCGCGGUCUUCCUCCUGCUCCUCGUGGUGGCCUCGCCGGUGCUCUGCGCCGCGCAGAGCCCCAUCUCGCAGCCGCCGUCGCCCGGCGCGCCCACCGCGUCCCCGCUCCUCCGCCCCGACGCCGACUCCGACGAUGACAACGGAUCCUCUGUGCCCCCCUCCCUGGCCCCGGCCCCCGCGGGCUCCCCGGGCGAGGACAAGGCGGCGGCGGCGUCCCCUCCCGCGCCCACCGACACGUCCCCGCUCCCGUCCCCCGCCGAGGCCCCCUCCUCCGCCGCGCACUCGCCGGCGCCGGCGCCGUCGACGUCCCUGCACUCCGCCGCCUCCACCCCAUCUCCCGCGCCCGUCCCUGCCGCCGACAAGGAAGGCGACGACGACGACGAUUCCAAGGAGAAGAAGGUGAACGCCCCAGCGCCGGCCCCGACCGCGAUGGAGGUGAAGGCCAACACGGGCGGCGCCGACGAGCAGCGGGCGGUGGACGCGGAGAGGCGGCACGGGGAGGGCGAGAUGAACGGCGGGAAGAAGGCUGGCGUGGUGGUGGGAGUGUUCUCUGCGACGGCGGUGCUGUGCCUGGCCGCCGUGGUGUACCGGAAGCGGCAGGCCAACAUCCGGCGGUCCAGGUACGCGGACUACUCGGCGCGCCUCGAGCUCGUCUGA